UGCGUGCAAGAAGGAAGAACUCCGGGACCAUGUUCACACAGCUGACCUGAGAUGGCCUUGAUACAUUUAAAAUGUUUCCGAGCGUGGACUUCCAGAGUACGAGCCUGCAGGCCGCUACUGACUGGAGGGAGAGUUGUACACCACGUUGGUCCAGAAAGAGGGCCACUGUGCCACUAUGGCUCGUCAGCCUUGCAGAGAGCAUGUUCGGUGACAGGUGUGCAGGGCACGGUUCGUAGAAAUCAUCACGUGGCGCUGGGAAGUCCUCCCAGCUCCACCAUGGGAACAGGGAACCUCCAUGGAGAGGCAGGUAAUCAUUUCCGAUCAAAUAGCAAACAGACAGAGGAACAGCAGCUUUUGAAGGCGUUAGACAAUUGCCAGUCAUAUGAAGAAAUUUUCAGAUUUGUGAACUCCCUGGAAAGUUUAACGGACACCACAGUGGCAGCUGUCUUCCAGCGGCUCUGUGAUGUUGACGUGGAGGAUGGGAGGCCGAAGCAUGCCGAGGACCUUGCAGAGGACGCCGUCUUCCAGUCUCUUUGCUUCCAGCUGGAACGAGAAUCUCCAAACCUGUCUGAUGCUGGUCUCGUGAAUUCGCUGAGCUCCUUGAUAAAGUUGCGUGUGGACCCGUGGAGCACCCUGGUCGUUCGUUUGCUAUCAGAGAGCCGGGAACGUCUCAGUAAGGGCCAGCUGAGCAUCAGAGAUUCGUGUGUCCUUGCGGAGGGCUUAUUGGACCUAGAAGGUCCAGACUGUGCAAUGCUGGAACACAUUAUGGACCAGGUGCAGAGUACAAAUCUCGAGGACUGGACGUCUGAUGAAAUGGUCAUGGUGUACAGGAUCCUGCAGUUGGGUGUAGGAAAGAGAGGGAAAUACCAGGACCUGUUGAACAAAAUGAACCAUUUCACUGUGAGUCAGGUUUCUAAGUUCAGCCCCAAACUGACGAGCGCAGUGCUAAACGCUCUGGUGGUUCUUGAUCAAACCCAAGCUAUCCCCCUGGUGAUAAAGUUUUGCAAGUAUUCUAUACGCCACAUUCCCUCUUUCACAGACGACGAAAUCAUUCACGUGCUAGAGGCGUUCAUUCAUUUUGGACACAACGAUCCGCUCUUCACAGAAGCCCUAGAAAGACACGUCGCUAAGCACGCCUUCGCCAUGCACCCCAAGGUGGUCUCCAAAGUCAUGCAGUACUGCCGCAGGAAGCGCAUCCUUUCCAAAACCAUCUUCAAUGCAGUGGCGGAGAGUUUCAUUUACAAUGCAGAUGGUUUCACCACCACUCAGAUUGCUGAACAGAUCAUUCCAUUUGGACAACUCAACUACCUGCCACCAUGUGCUCCGUCCCUCUUCCGGAAACUGGAAAGGGUGCUCAGCACCCGAUUUGCUCAAUUUCAGUCCCAUGUGCUGCUGAGCCUGCUUCACUCUUGCACCCUGGUUGAACGCUACCCACUCAAUUUUCUGGCUAAAGUAUUUAGUCCUUAUUUUUUGCAGCAGUUGCAAGCUGAAGGACCCGGUUUGACAAGAUCCGUCUUGUCUCAGUUGACCCAGCUGUUUCUAACGGUGACAAUGGAAUGUCCAUCCUACGAGGGUCCCAAGCUGCUUCCAAAAUAUCGAGUCAAGUCAUUUCUUAUGGCAGGCCAUUCGCUGGAGUCCCCUGUAGACACUCAUUUCUACUUCCAAGUCAAGGCAGGCCUGAUUGACCUCUUGGGGGCCCGGAUGUAUUUUGCCUCCCACGUGUUGACCCCUAACUGCUAUACUAUAGAUAUUGAGAUUAAACUUGACGAAGAAGGGCUUGUAUUGCCUGCCGUCCAAUACGAUGAGGUGAGCCACAGAAUAGCUCUCUGUAUUGAUGAUCAAAAGAGGUUCUGCAUCAACAGCCAUAACCUCCUGGGAAAAGAAGCCAUUAAGAGAAGGCACCUGAAGCUGGUUGGUUAUGAAGUGGUACAGAUUCCAUUCUUCGAAUUUGAAUUGCUGGAGAGCCAAACCGAUAUAGUGGACUAUCUACACAAGAAAAUUUUCCCCAACUCCUACAGACUCAGCUGGUGACGCAACCAAAUCCAAAUAACACUGCAGAGAAUGACUUUAUUCCGUUGGUUUUUUGGAAAUUCUCGAUUUGAUAAGCCAGUUUGUUUCUUUUUUUAAAAAAAAAACCCAG